AUGUCUAAAUUGCAAACUGAAAAAUGUGUAGAUUAUCUUAAACAUAAUCCAUAUGCUUUUUUCUUCCGGAGUCUGAGAGAUGUUCCUGAUUUUCAUGACUAUAAGAUAGUUCUUAAGACUAUUUCUACUCAAGAUCAAAGAGUGUAUAAUAAGCCACAUGUGUCACAGGUUGCAGUUAUUUGGGUUGAGAGUCAGGAGAAUGAGGAAUAUGGUCCAAGAGAUAUUGAAGUUCAAAUGCAUUCUGAUCAGUCUAAAAGUAUUAAAUAUUUUUAUGGAUGUUAUGAUCCUUUGCAUGGAUAUUCUAUAGUCUCUACGUCGGCCAAACUCAUUGCUCCCGGAAGUAUAGCAAAUGCUGAAAGCUUAUUGCAAAUGGAAAAAGUGUUGGGAAAAAAUGCUGAAAGUAGUAGAUUAUUACAACAGUAUAUAGUUGACAAUUUUGUUAAAUUAGAAACACAACGAUUAGACUUCCAUAGACCACAACAAGAGGAAAUACGACAAGAAUUUCAUCAAGGAAUUGUAGAUGCCAUGGCAAGUGGGGAAACUGAGGGUUCGGCUGUCGGUAAACGAAUAGUUUUGCCUGCUAAUUUUAUUGGUGGCCCUAGAAAUAUGAGGCAAAAAUAUGUGGAUGCUAUGGCAUUGGUUCAAAAGUUUGGAAAACCUGAUAUUUUUUUAACCGUAACAUGUAACCCUAAUUGGCCUGAAAUAAAGCAAAAUCUUAGUGUUCAUGAAGAGGCACAGAACAGGACUGAUUGGAUUGUUAGAGUUUUUCAUGCUAAACUUGAACAACUUAAACAUGAAGUUUUUAAGAAUCAUAUAUUUGGAGAUGUAGCUGCUUCUACUUACGUUAUCGAAUUUCAAAAAAGAGGGCUUCCACAUGCACACUUUCUUAUUAUAUUGAAGCCUAACUUUAAGAUGUAUACUACCGAAGAGUAUGAUAGAAUUGUGUAUGCAGAGAUACCUGAUAAGAGUGUUAAUCCUCAUUUAUAUCGUAUGGUAGUAAAGCAUAUGCUUCAUGGCCCUUGUGGUCUUCUUAAUCCUUCAAAUGUUUGUAUGAAAAAAAGUUGUCUGUAA